GUUGGCUGGUCCUCCAUCUUGGCUCCGGUUAGCAGAGCGGCUAACAGCCAGAGAGUCUCCGGAGAGGACGAGGAGACGCUGAACGGACCGAACUGCUGCAGAGCUGACGGGACCGGAGCUGUCUCUCCGAACCGACCCGACCCAGAGACCGUCAGGCGGACCUGGACCCGCUCUGGCCCCAGAAACGCACGCUCCCGGUCCUGCCGGGUUAGCCGGCUAACGUAGCCAGUAAAGAGGAACUGUUGCUCCGGGUCACUUCGGACCUGUGUGGGUCACAAAGUGCCGGGAAAGAAGCCGAGCCGAACCGGGCCAGAUAAGCCUCUGGUCCCGUAGACUGGAGCCAGUGAUGCCGAGUGGGACCCUGCUGAGAUAAACCCUGAAUUUAAAGCUAAGUUUAGUUCCGGUGUUCCGGGAGGAGACGGGGCUUUAUGACCGAGCCUCCCUCACUCUGACCCGGGUAACAUGUCCACCAGGACCCCGCUGCCCACGGUCAACGAGCGGGACGCAGAGAAGCAUUCCUCGGUGGACGAUGGGCGUGGUCAGGUAUCAUCCCGCUCCGUCCGCUCCGCUCGGUGCAAAAACUCUUCGUCCUCCGCAGACGAGACGCCGCACGUCGGAAACUACCGACUGCUGAAAACCAUCGGGAAGGGAAACUUCGCUAAAGUCAAGCUGGCCCGACACCUCCGGACAGGACGAGAGGUGGCCAUCAAAAUAAUUGAUAAGACCCAGCUGAACCCCAGCAGCCUGCAGAAGCUCUUCAGAGAGGUCAGAAUAAUGAAGCUCUUAAACCACCCAAACAUCGUGAAGCUGUUUGAGGUGAUGGAGACGGAGAAGACUCUGUACCUGGUGAUGGAGUACGCCAGUGGAGGUGAAGUGUUUGACUACCUCGUAGCUCAUGGGAGGAUGAAGGAGAAGGAGGCCAGAGCUAAAUUUAGACAGAUUGUGUCUGCCGUUCAGUACUGCCAUCAGAAGAACAUAGUUCACCGUGACCUUAAGGCAGAGAACCUCCUCCUGGAUGCUGACAUGAAUAUUAAAAUAGCAGAUUUUGGGUUUAGUAAUGAGUUCACUGUCGGUGGGAAACUGGACACUUUCUGUGGUUCUCCUCCGUACGCUGCUCCGGAACUCUUCCAGGGCAAAAAGUAUGACGGUCCAGAGGUGGACGUGUGGAGUCUGGGUGUGAUCCUCUACACUCUGGUCAGCGGAUCUCUGCCGUUUGAUGGGAUAAACCUGAAGGAGCUGAGAGAGCGGGUCCUACGUGGUAAAUACCGGGUCCCCUUCUACAUGUCAACGGACUGUGAGAACCUGCUGAAGCGUUUCCUAGUGCUGAACCCGGGGAAGCGAGGAACUCUGGAGCAAAUCAUGAAGGACCGCUGGAUCAACGCCGGCUCUGAUGAGGUUCUGAGACCCUUCAUGGAGCCGGUGCUGGACCUCGGAGACCCGCAGAGGAUCGACCUGAUGGUGGGGCUGGGCUUCUCCAGAGACCAGAUCCACGAGUCGCUCUCCAAGAUGAAGUACGAUGACAUCACAGCCACCUACCUGCUGCUGGGAUGCGGCGCCGCUGAGGUAGAGGUGAGCGACUCCUCGGCCUCCCUGCUUAAACCCCGCCUGCCCAGCAGCAGCCCGUCUCCUGCUCACCUCCUCAGCCAGCGCGCCUCCUCCAAGCAGAGGAGGUACAGCGCCCAAGUGUGUCCUGCCUCCUCAGCUGCUCCUCUCUCCAGGAGGAGUCAGACGGCAGCGGCAGCAGAGGGGGAGGUGCAGCAGGAGGUGGAGGGAGGCAGUCCUCUGCUGGGGAACGCCAACAACCCCAACAUGGCCGACAUCCCUGAGCGGAGGAAGACGUCGGCCACGCCCACUGGCGGAGGGUCCAGCAUGUCCAGGAGGAACACAUAUGUUUGCAGCGAGAGGAACUCGACAGAGCGGCAGGUCCAGAACGGCAAAGAGGACAGUUCGGCCUCCACCACCCCUCAGAGGACAGGGGGCGGAGCCUCCACCCACAGCGUUAGCAGCGGAGCGACUCCAGCUGACCGGCUGCGUUUCCCUCGGGGGACGACGAGUCGCAGCACCUUCCACGGAGGCCAGCUCAGAGACAGACGCACCGCCACCUGCAACGGCCCCCCCGCCUCGCCCAGCCUGUCACAUGACGCCUCACCUCUCGCCAAAUCACGAGCCAGAGGAUCCACCAACCUGUUCUCGAAACUCACCUCCAAACUCUCACGCAGAGCUGUGUCUGAGGUUGAGAGGAACAGCAGACCUGAAGAGUCCAGUAACGUGUCAUGUGAUCAGAAGGAGGACCCGGGUUCUCUUGCUGCUCCUCAGCUGAAGGACUCGAAGCCUCGCUCCCUGAGGUUCACCUGGAGCAUGAAGACCACGUCCUCCAUGGAGCCUCAGGACAUGAUGAGGGAGAUCAGGAAAGUCCUGGACGCCAACAACUGCGACCACAAGCAGCGUGAGCGCUUCCUGCUGCUCUGUGUCCAUGGCGACGGCCUCGCCGGCAGCCUCGUCCAAUGGGAGAUGGAGGUUUGCAAACUACCCCGCCUCUCGCUCAACGGCGUCCGCUUCAAACGGAUCUCAGGAACCUCAAUCGCCUUCAAGAACAUCGCCUCCAAGAUCGCAGAUGAACUGAAGCUGUGAAGCAUCAUGGGACUCUGACUCCUGACCCUAACCCUCCUGUACAGGAAGUGCUUUAUUUUGAAAGUGUUUUGGCCCCGCCCCACUGGUAGAGGUCAGAUCAGGUGGGAGGGACCCGGACAGGUCGGUGAGUCGUUCUGAAUGUAAAUAGUUUUUCUGACGGACUCACCUGCUUUAGAGUUUGAUUUUGUACCUGUGAGCAGGUCAGCUGGCCGUCAGCUGGUCGUUGUUUGUUACUGAAGGUUCACCUGUGUGUCAUUAAACACCUUGAACGCA